AUGCGAGGAAUAGUCGACCAGUGUCCUACCGACAUUAUCUUAGCACCAUCAGGGUGCCCCUUGACUGACCUCGAGUACGCCGACGAUGUUGUUAUAUUCGCGGAAAGCAGUACGAAACUUCAACAUGUUGUCAACCUUGUAUCGAAGCUAGCUGCAGCCUAUGGACUACGCCUACGCCAUGAUAAAUGCAAGCAGAUGUGGAUCUCUUCGAGACCACGAACGGGAAUCAGGGUGGAUGGACAACCGAUAGAACUCGUCGAUGAGUUCUGUUACCUAGGCUGUACGCUGAAGAACAAUGGCAGCUACGAGAGAGAUGUUCAGCAAAGAUGCGCUAAAGCCACUUCUGCAUUUAACUCCUUAACGAAAUGUCUGUGGUCGACACCCAUCACCAACGAAGUCAAGCUGCGAGUCUACCUAUCCGCAAUUCGCUCCAUCAUGAUGUACGGAUCGGAGACUUGGGCAGCACCAUCAACGGUUAUGGAGAGGCUUGACUGCACGGAACGAAAGCUGCUUAGACGGCUACUUGGCUACUUUUGGCCUAGGGUAUGUCACAAUGAAGAUCUUUACGCAGAUAUUGAUGUGGUAUACCGGCGGAUGACACAUGGAAGACAUCAAAAUCUUGCACCGCCAUCGAAAGUGGCUAAAGUAAAUCGUCUUCGCUUCUUUGGUCAUAUAUUAAGGAGACCGGCAGAUCGCCUUGUUCAACGAGUUCUGAGGAGUUCGUCGAGUUCGAGCUGGAAGAAGCCACCUGGCCGAAAACGGAAGUUCUGGACUGAGGUGGCGAAAGAGGACCUGAGGACACUCGGCGUGGAUAGGCAGUUCAGGCGAGACGUGAGGUUUCGCAAAAUAUGGAAUAGCGACGAAUGGACGAAUGAUUCUGUGCAAGCUCUCGCAGAAUAUCGAGAAGGUUGGGCAGAGCUGUGUUCAAGGACGGCACACCUCGGCGAAGAUGCGGACACCGAUCGGCAGCUGGAGAAAUUUCGCGAGGCUCAGUCUGCCGUACGGUUGAACAAGGAGAAACUCGACAAACUCAAAGUAGAUACCUUGCAGAAAGUUGAUCUCCUAUCUGCAUCUCGCUCGAAUUUGCUAUCUCAUCUUCUGGGAAAAUAUCUGCAAAUGCUUUGUGCCUACUACGAAAAGACGUGUCGUGCCUAUACCGCACUAUCUGCUAACCUAUCGACAUUUCAACACUAUGAAUUUGAGAUUUUGACGGAUCUUAUUGAACCUUCCAAGAAGGUUGCGAAGAAACUUCGUCAAGAAAGUAUGGAUAAAGAGAAAAAAGAAUACUCACAGUUGCCUGCUGUUGAGCCUGAAGAGGAAGCUGUUGGAAAUCUUGUCGACUUUGACGAAGAACCAGCAGGCUCUUUGAAAAAGUACCUCUUCGGUCGAGAAAGUCCUGUAGACGAAAACAACCAAGAGCCUGAAGAAGAGAGACCAGAGAGUCCUCUAGGAGUGCCAGAAAACGAGCCGGAUGCGAAAAAGAUCGAAACAGAACAGCUCAACAAGAUCUACAUCGGUCCCUUGCCAACCCUAAUAGACACCGAAGCCGAAGUUCCUUUGUUAGCUCCGCCUCCGCGAGCAGUACCUUUUCAGACUCAUCCUUCAUGUAGCGCGAGUAAACCAUUCUCACUUCUGACAGACACGUCCGGAUACUCUGUUCAAGAUCUAUUUCCGUUAGUUGAAAAGAAGAAACAGGAUUCUGACCAAGGCAGUAUAGUUGAUCUUCUUGGUGCUCCGUCUUCUCAAUUUCCGAAUCCUUUUGAGGAGAAUAAAACAACAGAAUGGGACCUCCUGCUGUCGCAAUGUGAUAUACAACAAAGUAAUGAUCUCAUUUGA